AUGCAUCAAAAAAGACCAGGUAAUUCAAAGUAUUUAAAUAAGAUAGGGGACCAUUACCAUUAGAUCAUUUUCAUAAGUGUGAUAACGAAGCAAAAUAAUAAAAUUAAUAUAUCCAAAAACAUGAGAAUAUGGAAAAAAGAUGUAGAAAAUAUCGGGUGGACUAUUUGCAAUGUUGA